AGAAUAACGCAACUUGCGCCUCUUCCCUCCGUAGCUUUCCCCGCCCACCACAAAAACACAUUUCUCUUCUUUUCACCCUAACACCUCCUACCCGUUUCUCAAAAUGGUGCACGUCUGCGUCGUUGGUGCUGCUGGCGGUAUCGGCCAGUCCCUGUCGCUGCUGCUGAUGCGCCAGAUGCCCUACGGCAGCACGCUGUCGCUGUUCGACGUUGUCGGCGCGCCGGGCGUUGCCGCGGACCUGUCGCACAUCGACAACGCCGGUGUGACGGUGAAGUACGCCGCCGGCAAGAUCGGCGUGAAGCGCGACCCCGCGCUGGCCGAGCUGGCCAAGGGCGUGGACGUGUUCGUGAUCGUGGCCGGCGUGCCCCGCAAGCCUGGCAUGACGCGCGACGACCUGUUCAAGAUCAACGCCGGCAUCAUCCUGGACCUCGUGCUGACCUGCGGCAGCUCCAGCCCCAAGGCGGUGUUCUGCGUCGUGACGAACCCCGUGAACAGCACCGUGGCCAUCGCAGCGCAGGCGCUGAAGAAGCUCGGCUGCUACGACAAGAACCGCCUGCUGGGCGUGUCGCUGCUGGACGGCCUGCGCGCCACCCGCUUCAUCAACGAGGCCCGCAAGCCGCUGACGGUGAGCCAGGUGCCCGUGGUGGGCGGUCACAGCGACGUCACGAUUGUGCCGCUGUUCCACCAGCUGCCCGGCCCGCUGCCGGACGAGGCGACGCUGGCGAAGAUCGUGACGCGCGUGCAGGUGGCGGGCACGGAGGUGGUGAAGGCGAAGGCGGGCCGCGGCUCGGCGACGCUGUCGAUGGCGGAGGCGGGUGCGCGCUUCGCGCUGAAGGUGGUGGAGGGCCUGACCGGCGCGGGCAACCCGCUGGUGUACACCUACGUGGACACCGACGGCCAGCACGAGUCCGAGUUCCUGGCCAUCCCCGUGGUGCUGGGCAAGACCGGCAUCGUGAAGCGCCUGCCGAUUGGCAGGCUGGCGCCGUCCGAGGAGAAGAUCCUGAAGGCGGCCCUGCCCACGAUCCAGAAGAACAUUGCGAAGGGCAACGAGUUCGCCAAGGCGAACCUGUAA